AUGGGCCGACAGCGGAGGUGCAAGUGGGCUCGGCCCUGGACCCUGCUCCUGCUUCUCUUAGGUCCCCAGCCCCUGGGGAGUCACAUCUGGGGUCCUGCAGAGAAAGAGGGAGAUGAUGAAGAGAGACUCUUGAAGAACUACCUCCCUGCCACCAUGGAGUAUGCCUUGCACAUGUACAACCUGACGAACCAGGGCAGGAACGCCUACAAAGUGGUGCGUGUACUGCGAUCGUGGAAGGAUCCUGUAGUGUCUGUCCAAAUCCAGGUGGACGUCGGCCUGGUGUUCUCCAUGGAGCUGGAGUUCACCUGAACCAGGUGUGGGAAAUUUGACGAAGACAUCGACAACUGUCCUUUUCAAGCAACUCCAGACGUGAACAAUUGUCGGGGGGAGGAGGCCCUGGAGAUCACAGGCCUGGCAGGGCAGAGUGACCCAGACGGACACUUUAUGAUCGCCGCUGACCCAUGGAGAACAAAGUCUAAAGUCCUGAACGACACCUGCUUGGAGGGCUCCGCUGAGUGA